AUGACCGACGAUGCUUUCGCGGCAGGUGGCGACAAUCAUGUGAAUGCGAGUUCCAAUGCUAAUGCCAAUGCGACUUCGCCUCCCACCAUUCUACCGCGCCAAAAUGAACAAUCCGGUUUCGAACCAUUCCCCCCUCUAGAUGGAUUUUCCCCCAAAAGUCCAUCUUCUCCCACCACCAAAGUCGAAGCUAAAGGGACUACUCGAAAUAGAAGACGAUCAAGCACGCGGAUUAGUAUUAGGCAAGCUUCUAAAGUAUUUGAAGAAUCGAAUCCGCCUACUGGGUUUUGUAUUGCUUCGGGCCAAAUUGCUUCGCAAGUCCCAUCAAUAACGGAUAUCAGACGAGGAAGUUUUAGAGCAGAAGGCUGGUCGGGCGAGGGACAGGUUCUGGAAAAACAGAGACGGACUAGCUCUUCACAAAGUACAAUUUCACAAGUGGGCGAGCAGGAGAAGGGCAGGAGAAAGAACUCGAUGGGCAUGCAUACCUCUGAUCAUACCCCAUCCACCCCGGAAAUCAGACACGAUGUUCUCCCCGAAGCUGCGGAUGAAGAGGAAUAUUCUCGAGCGCCGAUACAAACGCAUCGCAAUCUGAAAGCUACGUCUGGGGUCACGAAUCUUGAUGUCACGAAUAAUGUCCUUGUCAAACCAAUAUCAAAUGCUCGGAGUAGCAGCGAUACAAAUCCAAUUUCUCACAAUGUGAAGGUAAAUGAUGGAUACAGGACAGUCCCUUUUGAUAAUGGCUAUCAAUUUCCGCCCAAACACUCAUGGAAGGUAUCGACAGCAAUAUUCUUCAAAGCCUUUUGGAAUUUCUCCAUCACGCCCGUGGGUUUUCUGGUUACGGUUUACGGACUGAAUGUUGUAGCUUGGGGAGGCAUGCUGUUCUUACUAUUGUGCAAUGCCUCUCCAGCCAUGUGUCAUCCCACCUGCAACGACAUCAACUCCCCUCGACGCAUCUGGAUCGAAAUCGAUUCUCAGAUUUUGAACGCUCUAUUCUGCGUCACUGGAUUUGGCACCAUUCCCUGGCGCUUCCGCGAUCUCUACUAUCUCCUCCAAUACCGCAUCGGCAAAAACGAGGUUGGUCUGCGAAGACUGGCCGGUAUCAACAGAGGCUGGUUCCGACUCGCCGGCUCUCAAGAUCUUCCCGUGGAACUAGGGCCUGCGCAACUCGUCACCGAAAAUCCCCAUGUCCCAUCAUCAAGCGUGGCUUUUCCCCCUAACAAAUCUUCCGAUGCUCCACUGACGGGUGUGCGCGCCCCCGCAUCCGCAAUGUGGAAAUUGGAUUUUGUCGUGUGGACCAUGGUGUGGAAUACCUUCCUGCAAGCCGUCCUCUCGGGUUUCAUGUGGGGUCUCAACCGCUAUCAACGUCCAUCGUGGAGCACAGGUCUCUUUGUAGCUUUAGCUUGUAUCGUAGCUGCGUGUGGCGGUAUCAUGUCAUUUAUCGAAGCUAAAAACGUCAAGGCGAUUGAGGGUGUGCCGAUUAGCGAUGCGGAUCGGGAACAAUUGAGGAGGGAUGGGGAAUUGGGUAUUGUGCAUUUUAAUAAUAUUAAAGAUGCAAUGCCGAAGGAGAAAGAGAAAGAGGGGAGGCGAAAGGGGGAGAAGAAGAGUCAGAGUACGUCUGAGGAGACGCGCCUGGAACAAAGUAUCGAGGAAGCGGGGGCGCAAAUCGUUAGGUAG